GCUGAUAACGGCUUGAAUGUGUUCAAAUUUUCCAGUAUCUGCCUUUUGUGAGUCAACACCGGAAGGAAGAUGACUAGCAGCUGGAAUAAAUUACAGUUGCUGCUGUGGAAGAACUGGACCAUCCAGAAGAGGCACUACAUACAGACGAUUUUCGAAAUUCUGAUACCGGUGCUAUGUUGCUCAAUGCUCAUUUUGGUGCGAGGAUUGGUGGAUCCGAAGAAGAUUGACAAUCCAACGAUUUUCGAUCCAUUGACAGCGAACUCCUACUCCAAUUUAGACUUUCAAACACCACCGGUUAUCCCCAGAGUAGCAUACUCACCAAAGAAUGACGUUCUGGAGGCCUUAAUGAACGAUACCUUGGAGAACCACUUCUUUAGCACCACACCCCUCUCGCUUGAGAGCUAUGCCAGUUCAAGGGACCUCGAGGGUCUGCUAGUCCAGCAGAACUACUUCGUAGGAGUUGAGUUUGACGAUAACUUAGCGAACAUCACAACGCUUCCGGAGAGGAUCCACUUUUCGUUGCGAUUUCCAGCGGAAACGAGACAGUGGAGAUGGUUGUUUGGCAAUUGGAGAACAAACCUGCUUGUAGUACCGUUUUCCCCCGGUAUCCGUAACAAGGAUUUCAGCGAUGGUGGCGGUCCCAGCUACUACAACGAGGGAUUCAUCGGGAUGCAGACUGCGUUGUCUGCCGCCAUCGUAGCAGUUCAUGACCCGGAGAUCAAUACGAAAGAAGUCCGGUUAAGGCGCAUCCCUUACCCGCCGUUCCACGAGGACAAACUCCUCCCGGCAAUGGAACAGCUGCUGCCGCUGAUCAUCCUGAUUGCCUUCUUCUACACCUGCAUCAACACGGUUAAGUACAUCACCAUCGAGAAGGAACGCCAGCUCAAGGAAGCCAUGAAGAUCAUGGGUCUAUCAAACUGGCUGCACUGGACAGCUUGGUUCGUCCGCUGCUUGCUUCUUCUGCUGAUCACCAUCUCUCUGGUAACACUUCUGAUGACCGCCAACCUGACGACCAACACGGAUCAAGCGGUCCUUCAGUUCACCGAUUGGUCGGUUCUAUGGCUGUUCCUGCUGGCAUUCUCCAUCGCAACCAUCUGCUUCUGCUUCAUGAUGAGCGUGUUUUUCAACAAAGCAAACACGGCAGCCGGAAUUGCUGGGCUCAUGUGGUUCCUGCUGAUGAUGCCGUACAAUAUCACGGUUCGCAACUACGACGACAUGGAAACGGGGUCCAAGAUCGGGCUGUGUCUGCUUUCAAAUACGGCCAUGUCGUACGGAGUGUUGAACAUUGUCCGCUUCGAAGGCAACCAGGAGGGACUGCAGUGGUACAAUCUAUUCUCGCCGUCAACCAUGAACGAUGGAUUAAGCGUUGGAGUGGUGAUGGUAAUGAUGCUGGUUGAUGCGCUAAUCUAUCUAGGGAUCGCACUGUACUUCGAACAGAUCAUGCCCGGGGAAUUUGGCGUUGCAAAACCGUGGUAUUUCCUGUUCACCAGGGAGUUUUGGAAGAGGAACAAAGUCGGUGACGAAUAUGUUGGACAGAAUGGCGUUGUUAAAUCAGUACAGUCCAAAUUCAUCGAAGAAGAACCUUCCAUCGAGCAAGCGGGCAUCCGGAUUCGGAACUUGCGGAAGGUGUACGGUAAGAAGGUGGCCGUUGAAGGUCUGGAUUUGAACAUGUACGAGGAUCAGAUUACAGUCCUUUUGGGGCAUAACGGUGCAGGAAAGACAACCACCAUGUCCAUGUUGACGGGAAUGUUUUCGCCAAGUUCCGGGACGGCAUUGAUCAACGGACAUGAUAUCCGAACAGAUAUUGAAGGAGCUCGGCUAUCGCUGGGCUUGUGCCCGCAGCACAAUGUCCUGUUCAACGAACUGACUGUCGCCGAGCACGUAAAGUUCUUUUCCAAAUUAAAAGGCGUGAGUGACAAAGAUGUCACGUCGGAAAUUGAGAAAUACGUAAACUUGUUGGAGCUGGCAGACAAGAUGAACGCUCAGUCUCAUACCCUAUCCGGAGGUAUGAAACGGAAGUUGGCUGUAGGGGUAGCACUUUGUGGAGGAUCCAAGGUGGUUCUGCUGGACGAACCGAGUUCAGGAAUGGAUCCAUCUGCACGGAGAGCUCUCUGGGAGCUGCUGCAGAAGGAGAAGCUAGGCAGGACUGUACUUUUGUCUACGCAUUUCAUGGACGAAGCCGAUGUUUUGGGGGAUAGGAUCGCCAUCAUGGCUGAGGGGCAACUCAAAGCCGUCGGAUCGCCGUUCUUUUUGAAAAAGUCUUUUGGCGCAGGAUAUAGAUUGAUUUGCGUAAAAGAGCUAAACUGUGAUAAAGAUCAACUACUGAAGAUUUUGAGGAACCACAUUCCUGAUGUAGAGGUGGAGACUGACAUCGGGACCGAGCUAUCCCUAGUGUUGCGAGAGGAAUACGUAAAACAGUUCCAACCGAUGCUGGAGAACCUGGAGGGCCAGAUGUCGUCCUGUGGCAUUUCCAGCUUCGGAAUAUCAUUCACAACCAUGGAAGAGGUGUUUCUUCGAUCUGGAAGUGAUUCUUUCGAGAAGAAUCUUUCAGAUAAUUCAACGGUCUUCAACGCAGGAACCAACGAAUAUGCCUUGGAUAACCUACACCUCCUAACUGGAAACCGCCUGCUCUUCAACCAGAUCAAAGCUCAGUUCUUGAAGAAGUUCCUAGUCACCUUCCGCAGCUUGAUAACCCUCUCCAUGCAGAUCCUCAUACCGAUCGUAUUCGUGUUGAUGACCUACAUCAUCAUCCUAAACUCAUCGGCUGGCCGGGACUUGCCUGCCUUGGACAUCAAACUGGAAUCCUACACCCAUUCGGUUACCGUUCUGGAAGAUCAACUGUCCAACAGCUCCGUUACCGAAGCUUAUCAAACCCUAUUCAGCAAGCUCAACCCAAACCACAAAUUGGUAGUAACCGAAGCUGACAUGGUCGAUUUCAUCCUUCAGAAAUCCACGGAGUCGAUCGCAACCGUCAACACCCGUUACUGGGUAGGUGCAACCAUCAACGCUACUAGACCAACGGCUUGGUUCAAUAACAAGGCCUACCAUAGUGCUCCUCUAGCCAUCAACAUCCUGUUCAAUGGCCUCCUGAAAUCAUCCUGCCCGGAUUGCGAGAUUCAGAUCACGAACAAACCCCUUCCGUUCCAGUUGAUGACCCGCUUCGAUCAAUUGGAAACCGGAGCCAACUCCGGCUUCCAGCUGGCCUUCAACACCGGCUUCGCGAUGGCCUUCGUAGCGGCCCUGUACAUCAUGUUCUACAUCCGAGAACGAACCACCCGUUCUAAGCUGCUCCAGUUCGUCAGUGGAGUUAACGUUGCCCUGUUCUGGACCGUUUCUUUCCUCUGGGAUUACCUGAUAUUCGUAGUCGUUAGUCUAUUCUACGUGGCAUCGGUAGCUGCCAUCCAGCAGGAUGGUUGGUCAAACUUUGAACAGUUAAGUCGGGUUUUCUUAGUAGUGGUUCUGUUUGGUUUCGCAGUCAUUCCGAUGACCUAUCUGUUCUCCUACCUGUUUGACGUUCCUGCGACCGGAUUCGUCAAGAUGAUGCUCUUGAACAUCAUCUCCGGAACAGUGUUUUUCACUGCCGUAACUCUGCUGAAAUUUGAAGGAAUCGAUCUGGAGAACGUGGCGAAUACGUUGGAGUGGGUGUUUAUGUUCUUCCCGAACUUUGUUCUGUGUCAUAGUUUGAAUAAUCUGAACAGAGUGGCCAGUACUGAAGCUAUAUGCGAGAAGCAGUGUGACCUGGUUCCAAUGUGUACGAAGGAGCUUUUGUGUCUGCUUUUGCCACAGUGCUGUGGACAGGAGAUCUUCACAUUUGACGAAGGAGGUAUCAAUAGGAAUUUGAUGUUUUUUGUUGGGAUUGGGAUCGUGGCGUUUGCGUUGAUCAUGCUGAUCGAGUUCCGCGUGUUGAAGCGAAUAUUCGACCGACGAGGCAAGGUAAGCGAGGAAGGGGAUGUCUCGGAGUUGGAUUCGGAUGUUCUGGCUGAACAGCAACGUAUCCACGCAAUGGUUCAACCAGAAAUCGACAGUUAUAACCUAGUUCUGAAGGAUCUGUCCAAGUACUACAGGAAAUUCCGAGCCGUGAACAAACUGUCCGUUGGAAUUCGUCAUUCGGAGUGCUUCGGAUUGCUCGGAAUCAACGGGGCGGGGAAGACUUCGACGUUCAAGAUGAUGACGGGGGAUGAGAGUAUCUCCAGCGGUCAGGCUUGGGUCAACGGAAUCAGUCUGCAGACGAAUAUGAACCGAGCUCAUCAACAAAUCGGAUACUGUCCCCAGUUCGAUGCCUUGCUGGAGGAUAUGACCGGAAGGGAAACUCUCAAGAUGUUUGCAUUGUUGCGCGGCGUGAAGGACGCUGAGUUGAACAGCGUUUCGAUAACGCUAGCGGAGGAGUUGAACUUCAUGAAGCACAUCGACAAGAAGACGAAGGAGUACAGCGGAGGAAACAAGCGGAAGCUGAGCACGGCGCUGGCACUGAUGGGCAAUCCGGCGGUGGUGUACUUGGACGAGCCUACCACGGGGAUGGAUCCGGGGGCUAAGCGACAGUUUUGGAAUGUGAUAUGUAAGAUUAGGGAAGCGGGGAAGGCCAUUGUGCUGACUUCGCACAGUAUGGAGGAGUGCGAAGCACUGUGCACGAGACUGGCCAUUAUGGUUAAUGGAGAGUUCAAGUGUUUGGGAUCUACGCAGCACUUGAAGAAUAAGUUCUCCGAGGGAUUCCUGUUGACCAUGAAGGUAAAGCGGGAACCUUCCGGAGAUCUUCGAAAGAGAGUAGAUAAGGUGAAGCAAUUCGUUGAUUGGAAGUUCACCGGAGCAGUAUUAAAGGAGGAGUAUUUGGAUUCGUUAAGCUUUCACAUUCCUCAAUCCGGUCUGCGCUGGUCAGCGAUGUUUGGGCUGAUGGAAUCAUCCCGGGAGGAGCUCGAAAUCGAAGAUUAUGCCUUGGGACAAACCUCCCUAGAACAAGUGUUUCUAUAUUUUAGCAAAUACCAACUGGAAGAUCAAUAAAAGCAAAGUCAUUUA